GUGCCCUCAUACAAGAAGAACAAAGGGCCUUACCACAAACAGAUGCACCAUUUUUAGCAAAUAGCCAUAAACGGGAAGCCUGACCACACGACCUGCACAAAACACAGUGCAAUGGAUGAGCUCGUCUACCCCGCCUCAUCAUGCAGCUCUCCCUCCCCCACCUCCUUCUCCGCGGCCGGCCACUUUGAGGAGCUGGAGUUCGUGUCCUGGGAUGUCCCGGAGGAAUGGAUGGAGGGCAACGAUUGGUUCGACGAGCCCUUGGCGGAUGGAGACGAGGGCUGCCGCUCGGCGGGCAACGGCGACCUGUCCGGAUCCGGCGAACCGCCGGCGCCGGCGCCUGCGCCGAAGCGGCGUGGCCGGAAGCCUGGGCCCCGGACCAACGGCCCCACUAUCAGCCACGUGGAGGCCGAGCGGCAGCGGCGGGACAAGCUCAACCGCCGCUUCUGCGAGCUCAGGGCAGCCGUGCCCACGGUGUCCAGGAUGGACAGGGCGUCCCUCCUCGCGGCCGCCGCCGCCUACAUCGGCGAGCUGCGCGACCGCGUCGAGCAGCUCGAGGCCGAGGCCAAGCAGGCAGCCUCCGCCGCUGUCACCACCGCGGCGGCGGCGGCGGCCACCCACCACCACCACUCGUUCGGUCUCCUCCAGGGGAAGCUGGGGCUGGAGGUGCGGAUGCUCGCCGGGCUGGACGCGGCGGCGCUGCGCCUGACGACGACCACGGCGCGCCACGCGCCGGCGCACCUCAUGCUCGCGCUCCGGUCGCUGGACCUGCAGGUGCAGCACGCGUGCGUGUGCAGGGUGAACGGCGUGGCCGUGCAGGAUGCCGUCGUCGACGUGCCCGCCGGGCUGCGCGACGAGCGCGGCCUGCGCGCUGCGUUGCUCCACAAGCUGCAGCAGAGCGGCUAGCUAGCUAUAGCCCUCGUCGCCGGCCGGCCGGAAUAAACGCUUGAGCUGGAUCACUCUCCGUCUCCGUCGAUCGCCGCCAAAUCAGGCUAUAUAUAUAUAUAUAUAUCACUCCUCGUACGUGUUUCGUGACCGGCUUUGCUUGACAUUCUCAGGCGUCAAAUCAAGUUGUGGCUGCAUGUUAAUUAUCUUCUUAUUAUUACUGCGUCUCCACUGAUGUUACCGUCCGUGUAUCUGCUUGCACAUCUAUAGUGCCACUUUCUUGUUUGUUGGCGCUGUUCUUAUCUUCUUUUUUGAGGACAUAUGCUAUGCAUCUGCAGAUUUGCUGAUCGAUCUGUACUGCAUUGUGCGCACUGUGAAUUGUUGUUUCAAUUUCUCAGCAUAUAUCCAAAUAUGUCAAUCUAUAA